UAAAGAGGUACCUAACUUAUAUGUCAUUUGAUCCCUUAUGUGAAUCCGUUUACCUUCUAACAACAACAAAGUUGCUUCAACAAUCGCUAUUUCAAUGCCUUAUAUAACGAUCUCAUAUAUUUCCAUAUAUUUCGGUACCUAAGAUAGCUAGCUCUUCGCAAAAAUGAUAUUGCGACGACGCGUCUGGUUCCCCUUCGUUAUCGCGACGCUGAUCCUCUUUUUCUACUAUUCCUGGAUCACUCAGGAUGGCUACGUAUUAGCUAGCUCUAGAAGCGCGUCUCAAGAUCCUCUGUUUGUCGCAAAGGCUAUAGAGGACGAUAACUAUUUCUGGCGGAAAGUUCCCACACAUUAUCCCGUCCAGGAUAUAAGACAGCCGCCGACCGGCAAGCCGCGUACACUUCCUAAGAUUCAAAAAGCAUUUGGGAAAGAAUCAAGCAAAGAUGCUAAUAUUCGUCGUGGACGGCAAGGUGCCAUCAAGAAGGCGUUCGCCCGCUGCUGGAAGUCUUAUAGGUCUAAGGCCUUUAAGAGCGACGAGCUAGCUCCUAUCAGCGGCAAAUCUAAAGAGUUAUUUGGAGGCUGGGGGGCCACAUUGGUCGACAGCUUAGAUACCUUAUGGAUUAUGUCCAUGCGGUCCGAGUUUGAGGAGGCUGUGACGGCUGCGGUCCAAAUCGACUUUACGACUUGUGUGAUCGAGACCGUAAAUGCUUUUGAAACCGCAAUUCGCUACCUGGGAGGUUUCCUUGCAGCUUAUGACUUAAGCGGUGACCUGCGAUUGCUACGCAAGGCUAGAGAAGUCGGAGAUAUGCUAUAUAAGGCGUUCGAUACGCCCAAUCGUAUGCCAAUUUCUCGUUGGGACUUCGAGAAUGCUAAGAAAGGAGGAAAACAGGUUGCACCCGAAAUGGAAUGGCUAGCUGAAGUUGGUUCAUUUAGCAUGGAGUUUACGCGUCUAUCUAUGCUGACUGGAGACCCGAAAUGGUAUGACGCAGCCGAGAGAAUUAGGGAGGCUCUCGAGGAGCAGCAGAGCACUACUCAGCUGCCUGGUAUGUGGCCGUUCGCGCUUAAUCCUCGAGACAUAAAUUUCAAUAGCGAUACCACGUUUGGGCUCGGGGCUCUCGCAGACAGCACCUAUGAGUAUCUGCCGAAGAUGUACGCUAUGAUGGGCGGGCUUAUGCCUUCAUACCAGUCUAUGUACGAGAACUCGAUGAAAACUGCUAUUAAGCAUCUUCUCUUCCGGCCCAUGGUUCCGGAUACUGCGGACAUUCUAAUAUCAGGUACCAUGCAUAUAGGGAGUGAGGAUGGGAAGAAAGCCCUAAACUUGGAGCGUCAAGGGCAGCAUCUGGUCUGCUUCGCUGGUGGAAUGCUCGCAGUCGGCGGGAAGCUAUUCGAGAAGCCGGAACAUCUAGAAGUGGCCACGAAGCUAGUAGAUGGGUGUAUUUGGACGUACAAUGCGAUGCCGCUUGGAAUAAUGCCUGAGAACUUCGUCAUGGAACCUUGCAAGUCGGACAAGGAAUGCGAGUGGGACGAGUUAGUAUGGAAGCGUGCUGUUUUGCGAGAAGCAGGCGAGCAGGAUUUAGACAACAUGGAAAAGGCGGACGAGAUAAUCGCCCAGUCCAGGCUUCCGAAGGGAUUCACAAAGAUCCCCGACCCGAGUUACCUCCUACGGCCGGAAGCCAUAGAGAGCGUAUUCAUUCUGUAUCGUAUCACCGGUCGCCCAGACCUACUCGAGUCGGCCUGGGUUAUGUUUGAGUCUAUCCAGAUGAAUACCAAGACGUCGUUGGCGAAUGCGGCUCUAGGAGACGUCACGGUUCAUGGCGAUCCACCGAAGAAGGACUCUAUGGAGAGUUUUUGGAUGGGCGAGACUUUGAAAUAUUUCUAUUUGAUCUUCAGCGAUCCGGAUCUCAUCAACUUGGACGAAUGGGUUUUCAACACGGAGGCCCAUCCAUUUAAGAGAUUGGUCUGAUAUACGUCUAUUUAUUUUUAGCAAUGUACUAAUAUAUUUUCUACGAAUGGGCUUUGUAUCUAGGAUGAGGGUAAUGAGGGGGUAUGAAAGAAGCAUGUAUACGUACCUAAAGCUAGACAGUUGGAUCAUAAGUAAUUUUCAGUCAAUGGGAGUAUCGUACGCCAACAAAUCUUGCAUACCUUUCAUGCCUUUAUCUCGGUCUAAACGCGAACUCCUCUUGUAUAGUUGAGGCCGACUCGGUGUGGUUAUAUAAACUCCUAUUAGGCUUCUAAUACUAUGAUCUCACAGUUUACAGGCUCUUAUUCGACGGUGAGUACUCACUUUAUAGUUGUCGGCAUGCCCACCAUACAUAUGCCUUUUUUUCUUCGCGCUUAUUGGCGUAGUAGAGGCGUAGUGCAUCAUGUAGGUAUUGGGGUUUAAUAUAAAGAGCAUCGCUUCCUCCCAGCGUAGGCUGCCACGUUAUGCCAGUCAUACCAAUU